UGGCAGUUCCGGUGACCCUAGGCUCGUCGUAGGAGAGAAAUAAAAGGAAAGUCCCCGCCAAGUCAUCCUCACACGCUCUCCGUUUGCCCUACUGUGUGGCUGCUUCUGUGUCAUCUCCCUGGUUCUCACCACCACCCUUAACACUCCACAAUGGUCUACCAAGUGAAGGAUAAGGAAGACUUUGACCAGCAGUUGAAGAAUGCUGGACAGAAGCUUGUGGUGGUAGACUUCUAUGCCACCUGGUGCGGACCCUGCAAGAUCAUCGCCCCCAAGAUUCAGGAGAUGAGUGAGCAGAUGAGUGACGUUGUGUUCCUGAAGGUGGACGUGGAUGAGAAUGACGAGGUUGCCGUGACCUAUAAGGUGUCUUGCAUGCCUACCUUCGUUUUCUUCAAGGCGGAGAAGAAAGUGGACAGUUUCUCAGGAGCAAGUGAAGACAAGCUCCGUGAAUUCAUUGCAAAGCUGAAGUAAUUGAAGAACAACGGCAGGAUUUCCCUCAGGAUCAUCUCUAAUCUCCACUAAACAAAAUUAAAGCAGAUUAUAAAGACAAUACCUAAAUGCCGUACUUUGUCUCAUAACCACAAUCACUCAUUUGAUUUGUGCAAAUUUUUUCUUGCAGUUUUAUGAUGUUCAACUGUGCCUACAACAUUUUGUAUUUUAACUUGUUGCUUUUAUUUUGUUGUUUCAAUAAAGAAGCUAAUAAAUAAAGCACCCCA